GGCUAGUUGCUGUAGCUGUCAUGCCGGCUGCUAGUCAGUUCCCUACAUUUGAAGAGUUCAGGAAACUACUUGCAGAAGACUGUUGUUUCAAAGACCAUUUCAAUACUUUUCUUCAGCUACCAAUAUUUUCAAGACGCUUUCGUUAUUCUAGUGUCUCUAAAUACUUUGAUAUUUGUCCUUAUCCAUCAGCAAACUUUCAAAAAGUUGAUCAUCAUAAUGUAUGGCAAUGGGUAUACAGUCACAGACUGCCUCUCUUUUGGAAAUCAGAGCUAUUCUAUGGAUACAGGCUUUGCUAUGAAUUGACAAACAGCAAGCCAUUAACAACCAGUAAUAGACAUGCCCCAGCCCAGCCUUGCACAGCCAAAGAAUUGCAAAAAUUUAUACUCUUUCUUCGCUUCAGUCCUGGUGAAGCGUACUGUCUGCUUUGGUUUAGCAUGGAGAGGCUCAAAUUCAUGGAAACGGCUUCUCAGCAGAAACAGCUAGUGGCACAAUUGAAGGAUCUUUUCCUCAUAAAUGGAGCUCCCUUUCAGCUUGAACUCAACCUGCGUAAGGAUAUUCUCUUUGCAACUUGUGAGGCCUCAACACUUAAGGAGGAAAUAGCAAAUAUUUUGAAGUGGCAGGAUGACUUAUUUGCUCUCCUUAAGACAUACUGGUAUGAACAGUAUCUCAUAAUUCAAUCAGCCAUGACUGCAGUCGAAAAGAAAAACGAAGAAGACAAUGAUAGCGAUAGUGCUUCAGAAACAGAGGAUGAGCUGAAUGAGCUGCAAGAAGGAACUAUGAUAGACCAUGGGGACGAGUCUGUUGAGAUAACAGUCCCUGGGCAAGAAGUAGAAAGAAAGCUGCUGUCAGCUGAAGCAGGAAAGGGUCAAGGCAAAGCACCAAAAUCAAAGAAAAAGAAAAAGAAAGAGAAAGUUAAGCCUCUCAUUAGUCAGAGCACACAGAAUUUGUUUUCAGCUUCGGUAGAAGCCGGCAAAGAACCUGCCAAAGAGCAAAAGCAAGGAAGUUUGAAGUUCAUGCCAUUCAUACAGGCAUCAAUCCGUAGCAAUUUCUCAGCCGGGAAUCCAAUGAUGCAUUUCUUUACAAGAAUGAGAGAUGAAGAGAGAACGCAAGCAAGAAACUUUCUUUUGUUCUGGCAAUCAACCGAGCUGAUUCUGACAAGAGAUGAGAUGAAGCGUUGGUAUAAUGGAGUCAGCAAAAUAGACACAGACACAAUUUGCCCUUAUCUUAGCCUCUUUUCAACUUAUCCAUUAGCUGCAGAUCUAGAAUCACUCCUAGAGCUUUACAUUGAUGAUAACUCUGAUUUCUUUGUUGAUCUUCCAUCAGAAAUGCAGCGACAACUGCACAUCAUGCUACCCAAAGGACUGGGACAUUCCCUGCUACUAGAAGUACAAGAUUAUACUUGUAAAAAAUUUGAGCAAUAUUGGAUCAGAUACAUGAUGCAUGAUAACAGUUCUUUUCAUGUUUCAUGUGUUACUAGGAGGGAACUUGGUCACCUUGCUGAGGCUAUACAAAGAGAGCAAUCACAACUGUUUAGAGAAUCACAAUCAAUCAAGGAAGUCUUGCCUUUGACUUUUGACACUGCUGAUACUCACAGCAUCAGGAAAAUAUGGAGGGCUGUUGAAUACACAGAGCUACUUGAAAACCCUGGUCUUUUGCAACUUCCAUCUCGUCUCUCAAUGCAAAUAUAUACACAGCCAGUUCCAAUGGGAGAAAGACCUUCAUCCGCAAACAAGCGAAACCUUCCUCGUUUUAAGGACAGAGGUAGCAGUCGUGUUCCAACUCCAGGAGACAUAGGCCCAAUAACAUACAGAGGACUGACCCUGACCCCAAUGGUCACAACUAUACAGACAUCAACUUAUAGGUCAGCUAGGAGGCACACUAAGAAAACAGUGUAUUGCAGCAAACCAGCAAUAGUGACUGAUGUACUUGGCAAAAAACCUCCAGUACCAGAGAGUUUUCAAAGUAUGUUAAAGAGUAUGGCUCACUUGGAGUGCUUCUAUCAUUUCCUGUGUUCCCUCGGGAUUGGAGUUGAGGUGAAUAUUGUAUUUUGGCUAGCAGUUGAGGACAUGAAAGACGUGAUUGGAGACACUAGACUAUGCAAUACUAAAAUACGAAGGAUAAUGAGACGAUUUUUUAAGGAAACACUUGAUAUGAGUACAUAUUGUCAAGAUAGCUCAGUGCUUGAAGUUUCAGCAACAGAUUUUCCAACACCUUUUCAAUUAAUGGAUGCUCAAGAAGGAGUUGCUAAACUAUUAGAAUCAAAAUGGUUUCCGGAGUAUAUUAAGUUUUUGUUGGAAGAAUUUGGCAAUGAAGAGAACAGCAGCAGAUCAGGCAGAGGUAAAUCAUCAAAACUUAAAGGAGAUGAUUCAAAGACUAAUGUAAAAGCUAGAGCCACAAAGAAUCAAACAAAAGCAAUGUGGCAUGUGUUUGUAAGGACAGUGGUUGGAUUUAGACGAGGUCUAAUGGAAGCGAAGACACUGAGUCUAUUCAAAAAAUUCCUAACAAUUGAAGUAUUGAACGGUGACAUGUCUGGAAAAGGAAAGAAACUGAUUGGACGCCGAGUUGUAAAUGUUACUAAACUAUUGAGUGACCUUAGCUUCUGGGCUGAAGUGGAAAGGUUUAAAGAUAUUGCAGACGUUAUUAAUGCUGCGAAAGACAGCGGGAAUUAUACACCAGAAGAUGAAAUUAUGAUACACAAGAAAGCACACGCAAUUGUAAACUGCUACAUAGAUUCUAGCGUACCACCCAGAGUACAGAUCAACAUAACAAAUGAGAUAGUUACAGAGAUACUAGACAACUUAAAUCAAGGGACAGUAGGACGUGGUCUGUUCCACAAAGCUGCCCUUCAUAUUUUUGCUAUUCUCAUUAUGUACUGGAAAAGGUUUUUGUUGUGGCGUUGGGCACCUAAAACGCAUUCAACAACGUCAAUGCAUUCACUUGAUUCUAAUAGUCGUUGGUCUGGCCUUAACGCUAAUCUUGACUCCUAUGAUAGUCAAAUGAUGCUUGACGGCUGCAUUCUUUCCUUCUCCCUCAAAACAGGUCUGCGGCUAGUCAGACCGAUUUCAAUGCAUAAGCCGAUACCAGUUCCCAUGCCGUCCUUCAACAGGAUGCUCACAAAGUCCACAAUAGUACGAUUGAAAGACUCAGCAAAGGCCUCAAGAAUGAACAGAAGAUCAACCCGAGAUAUUAUUAACGUUCACUGACUCUUACUAAUCAUAACUAUUAACAAGAGUAUUAUGUGCUCUUGCUUUUAACUGGAUAGGAUAAUAAUUAAUUAAAAUUACCAAUUUCAAUUCUCUAAUUAGAUAAUGUCAUUGUUGCUGAUGCCUACUUGAAAAGUUUGAAUUUUAGGCAAAAAA